GUUCUACGCGGUUUGGGCGGAGUCUCACAUAUAGGGGAGGUUCGAGACGGAAAGAUCAACCGCGUACAGAAGGUUAUAUUGUUGCCGAGACGAAGAAUACAUUAGUUGAAUCAUCUACCGCAGUGACAGCUCUGCUCGGCGUCCAGGAAAUAUGGCUAUGGAGGCAUCUAAAGUGGUGCGCUUGUGCGUGGGCCAAACGUCCCUGUUCUCCAGAUGUGCACAUCCCGGCUCACCACAUCACCUGCGAUCGCUGAGUACCUCCCUGAGGGACGGGAGGAGCGUGACGCGGAGACGGAAGGCUGUUUUAGGGGUCGCGGCUGCUGUUGCGAUGGGUGGGUUUGGAUACGCCCUCGCCGACUUUCAGCAGAGAAGGAGAAUCAGGAACAUUGUGGCCGGCAAAAGACGGCUCUGCAGAUCGAUGGCGAUCGGUUGCAUCAUCUCGGCGGACUACUGGUGGACCACCAAUGUGGCGCUACGCCACCUCGAUGAGAGCAGCCCACCCUACCUGGCGGCCAUGUCUGCGUGCCACCAGAGGGCGGCGGACCGCAUGGUGGGCGGCGCGGUGAGGAACGGGGGGAUCUACAUCAAGCUGGGCCAGGGCCUGUGCUCCUUCAACCACCUCUUCCCCGUCGAGUACAUCCGUACGCUGCAGAUACUGGAGGACAAGGCGCUGAUCAGGGGCUACAAAGAGGUGGACGCUCUGUUUCAAGAAGACUUUGGUAAAUCCCCAGAUGAGCUAUUUAGAAAGUUUGACCCAGAGCCGAUAGCCGCAGCCAGCUUAGCCCAGGUCCACAAAGCGGAACUGUUUGACGGCACACCUGUUGCUGUGAAGGUGCAAUACAUAGACCUCAGGCACCGCUUCGACGGCGACAUCCAGACUUUGGAGUUCCUCCUGGACAUUGUUGAGUUCAUGCACCCCAGCUUUGGAUUCAGAUGGGUUCUCAAGGACCUGAAGGAGACGUUAGCCCAAGAGUUGGACUUUGAAAAUGAGGCCAAGAACUCAGAGAGGUGCGCAGUGGAGCUCAAUCACUUGAAAUUUAUCGUUGUUCCCAAAGUCUUCUGGAAGGAAACCAGUAAGAGGGUGCUGACGGCGGAGUUCUGCGAGGGCUGCAAAGUGAACAACGUGGCAGAGAUCAAGAAACAAGGACUAAGUUUGAAAGACACGGCUGACAAACUGAUCUGCACGUUUGCAGAGCAAAUCUUCAGCACAGGCUUCAUUCACGCAGACCCACACCCAGGCAACGUCUUAGUGAGGCGAGGUCAGGACAACAAGGCAGAGCUGGUGCUGUUGGACCAUGGCUUGUAUCAGCACCUCAGUCAAAGCGACCGCGCGUCCCUCUGUAAGCUAUGGAGGGCCAUCAUUCUGCGUGACGAGGCCGCCAUGAAGAAACACUCGGCCGCGCUCGGGGUCGAAGAGUACUUCCUGUUCAGCGAGAUGCUGCUGCAGCGGCCCAUCAACAUGCGGGAGCUGGGCCUGUCCAGCCUGCUGAGCCGGGAGGAGACGGCCUACAUGCAGGACAUGGCGGUGCACCGCUUCCAGAGCAUCAUGCGGGUGCUCAAGUCCAUGCCCCGGCCCAUGCUGCUGGUGUUCCGCAACCUCAACACGGUGCGAAGCAUCAACAUCUCGCUGGGCGCCCCGGUGGACCGCUACUACGUCAUGGCCAAGAGUGCGGUACGUGGGUGGGGACAGUUCCAGGCGGAGAGCACAGGGGUGUUGUCCAAACUCAGAGCACUGUGCUGGAUGCGGACGGCUUGGGAGAGCCUAAAGUUUGAGCUGGCCUUGCGUUCCGAGAUGGCAAUGAUGAGUCUGACGCGAUCCUUUGUGAACCUGCUGUCCUAUUUUGGUCUGCUGUCCCUGGAUGCUGAGGCGUACGAGUACCUGAGGUAGAGGGAGUGGACACCUAAGGACCAGAGAAUAUUGGUCACAACGCAAGGACAACACUGCAUGAAGAACAAGGCAGAAUUGCCUUGAUUUUUCACCAGAUCCCAUUGUGAUAGUCCAUGGGCAUCGCUAGGAAUGUACUCAAGGCUGUGAAGAGCUCACUUUUUUUAAUAUUAUAGGAGAAUUGCUCCCAACUGAUCGACAGACGUUUAAUGUUUUUACCAUAAUGUACAAUUUUAUGUUUAGCUAAUCUAUUUAACUUUAUUUUGUAUUUUAGUCUCCAAUUCUAGGCAAACCUUUUUUAAAUAAAACUUCAGGAAAUUUGUCGUUGGAGAACAUUUUCUCCAGUGAUGUGUUAUGUUUUAUGUCAGAUAUCAUUUAAAACCUUGAUGCAAAUAACAAGAGGCAAUGUUUUCAUUUCAAUUUGUAUUUCAACAUGUGAAGCCUUUUCCUCGAUGGCACUCAUCUGACUAUGCACAUCAUACAAAUAAAGAACAAAAUUCAGGAUUCUGA